AUGGAAAAAACUGUACGUCACAAAGCAAUUGCAACUCUCAAAGAACUAAAACGUUGCUCAAAGUCAUUCGAAGCUAUUCAACAAGCUUUUAUUCUUUCAUUAUUGAACAAUGAAGGUAUUGGAUUUAAAGUAAAAAAACCUGAAAGACGAUCUCAGAAAACGUUGCAACUUUUUCUGAUUGAAAGUUUAACACUCCCUUCUGGUGAAAUUAUUGAAUACGAAAAUGAUGUUAACAAUUACUGUAAUUUAUUUGUUAUUGAAGAACUAAAAGAGUCUGGAUAUACUCAUCUUGUUCCAAGUGAUAUUAAUUCUAUUGCUUCAAUUACUAAAGCUUCUACAAAUGGAGUAUCCAUGGAACGUUUAAAACAAAUAAAAAGACAUCGUAAUGCAAAUAAGAUGUCUAUUAGUUUUAAUUGGAUAUUAGAUAGAUGUCUUUCGUUUGGUUAUGAAUUUAAAAAGAGAUCAACAAAACCUACUAAAUACACAACUAAAAUGAAUAAAAUAUGUGGUGUAUCAGGUAAAAUGUCAUUAAAAUUACUACAAAUCACUGAAAUUGGAAAAAGAGUAAAUGAAGAGGUUUAUAAACGAUUUGAUAAAAAUACAAUUUCUGUUGAAAUCAAAGGGAAAGAUGAAAUUCUUGUUGAAAUAAUUAAAGAAGUUUCAGAACAAGGAGAAAAAACUAGUGUUGUUACUGAAGCUAUUGACUCACUUAAAGAAGAAAAUGAAAUUAAAAUCAAAGAAGAACCUAAAGAAAAUAAAAAUGUUAUAAAUGAAAUUACACCUAUGGAUAUAGAAACUUAUUUCACUAAACGUAAUGAAAUAAGUACUGAACCAGAGCCAAUUCUUUCAAGUGAAAUUCAUUUUUUACCAAAAAGUAAUGAUUAUCAAGUACUUUUUUUUGACACUGGCUUUACUCAACAAAAUUGGAAAAGUAAUGACUCUAGUAUUGAUGAAAAUUUUUGUUCAUCAUUUGCUUAA